AUGAGCUAUAUGGACCAGGUAAUAUUUUCAAAAUCGAUUUUUUCGCUCACUGUAGUCCGUCCAUACCGUAUAUUCUAGGCUCGAAACUUCUAGCAAGCUCCAUUUAUUUUGUGUUCACUGUCAUCUCUCAGAAAAGUCGAAGAUAUUGUGUUUCAAUACGAAUUUUGUUCGCUUCAUGAUGCCUUUGUUCGCUAUUGCUUCCAUGGUCAUUGUCGCACUUAAUCGGAGUCAUACUGCCUAUUCUAUACCUCUUUUUUGAACUGACACCACUUUUGCAUCCGUUGAUGUAAACCCCAGAGAAUAUGACAUCGGCUUCAAAGAUCCGUUUUCAGCGCGUAUCUUCAUCGACGCACCCAUCGUCGAAGAGGGACUACGAAGGAUUCUCUGACGAAUCUGAUCAAUGUAAGCAAUUUUGUGUUAAUUUAUAGAAUGUUCAUGUUAGUAUUCUGAGCGCAGAGUGCGUGUAGAGGUCUUUUUCCAAGUGCUAAUUUGCCUCGUAUUUCAGACGACGAGGCACCGCCAAAACGCUCCAGAGAUCCAUCUCUUCACGAGAGUCAUAGUCCUCCACACGAUCGUUUUCAAAUGGACAACUAUCCGAUUCAUGCUGGCAAGGUGUACUUCCCGAUUCCGGAAAAUUGUGUUGGACUUGGUGAGUGUGCUUGCUUGUUGAUGGGCGCGUACUUUUGUAUUUCAGUCAUUGGUCGUAAUGGUUGCGAGAUUCACGCCAUAUCACAAGAGUCUGGAUGUCGUGUGCAAGUGCUGACUGAGAAGACACCAAGUGGCUUCCGUAUGGUUGAAAUUGAUGGUACCGUGGAGAACAUCGACCGCGCCAAGGUGUUAAUUAAUGAAGUGAUUAACAAGAGCGGGCAUCGGCAACCACAUGGUCAGCGGAAUCAGCAUCCGUACCACAUGAUGGCAGACAAUCAACAAUCCCAUCAACAACCAUCCUAUCAACAGGUUCCUCAACAUCAUCAACAACAACAUCAACGGAACAACCCGCAUUUCCAGUCAAACGCGCAGAAUAGGGUGACCGUCGAUAUUCCGAUUCCCGCAGAAAAGUGUGGAUCCAUCAUUGGUAAAAAUGGUGAAAACAUGAAAAGACUGAGAGUGAGUGCAGUUGAACAUUCGUGAAUUUUCUCACUCGGUGUGUUUCAGGCGACGUCCAACUGUCAUAUUCAGUUGAUUCAAGAGAACAGCAUUGCAAACACAACAAAGCCGCUGAGAAUUAUAGGAGAUCCGAAGCAAGUGGAGCAAGCGAGACAGAUGGUGCUCACCAUUCUUAAUAAUACUGAAGAUUACGCCGGAGGGGCGCAGCUUGCUGGCAACGGCGCUAAUACUACAAUAAACCUGCACGUCAAGGUUCCUCGAUCUUCCGUUGGAGCCAUCAUGGGCGUGCAAGGAAAAAACAUUAGGAAGUUAUCGGAGGAGUCUGGCACAAAAAUUCAAUUCUUGCUGGAUAACGAUCCACUACUAAUGGAGAGAACUAUAGCUAUUGUCGGACAUCGCAACAAGGUGUAUGUUGCGGCUCAACUCAUCAAGGAUAUUGUGGAAACAAACAACGAUCAUGAUCCGGCUUCUCAGAUUUCGGUUGGUUCAAUUCUCGACCUGCAGUGACAUCAGUCACCGUCCGACUUUCAGCUCUUCUACAUGUCCAUUCCGGCUUCAAAAUGCGGUCUCGUGAUUGGAAAAGGAGGCGAGACGAUCAAGCAGAUCAACACUGAGUCAGGCGCUCAUUGUGAGCUGUCGCGAGAGCACAGUAUUAAUGUCUCAGAGAAGACGUUUGUGAUUAGAGGCACUGAGUACCAAGUGGAGCAUGCUAAGCAUCUUAUUUGCCAAAAAGUUGGGGACAUUCCCCCGGGCACUCCGUUCAAUCCCUACGGAAUUCAACAGCAACAGCAGCAUCAACCUCAACAGCAGUAUGCUCCUCAACAGAACAUGCACAUGUGGGAUGGUUAGUUCAUUCGAAAUCCGCUGAUUUAGUACAAACAUAUCUGUUUCAGGUGCUCAACUUGUUCAAGGACAACAACCACAAAUGCAACAUCAAGCACUUCUUCCACCCCAUGUUCAACGCCAAAAUCAACCCGGUUACCAGCCGCAGCAAUCGAGUGAUUGGCAAUCUCGGGCUAGGCAGGCAUUGUCUCAGUACACGCCUGCUCAAAUGCCGGUCGUCCAGCAACUCUAUCAGCAACAGCAGAUGCAGGCACACCAGCAGCUGCAAGCCCAGCAGGUCCAGCAGCAGCAACAGCCGCAACCAGUGCAACCGGCGCCCGGGCCGUCUCUCUAUGCUCAACAAUAUCCAGCUAAAGCUCGCACGCCGCAUCCGCCAGCUCCGGUCACUCAUUCUGCGACGUCACAGCCGCAGAUGGCGGCUCAAACACCGGCAUCGGCUCAAGCUCCGGUCGCCCAGACAACGCAACAAGCCGCCGACUCGACGCAGCACGCCGGAGCCAGCGAUGCCGACUACUCUGAGCAAUGGCUGCAAUACUACAUGUGAGUUGAAUGCGCUUUGUGUCGUGUCGUGUUGAGUCGAGUUUGUCAAGUAUUGUGGUGGUUUCAGUAAAAUGGGCGACACCGAGAAUGAGAAUGCGGUGCGCGCGAGAAUCGCUCAGAUUCAAGAGGAGAAGUCGCGCAAGCAGCAAGCGGACGGCCAACGCGGACAAAGUGCGGCUGCUGAUGAUUUCGAUUCUCGGCUAGGCGCCGCUCAACGCCAACAACAGUAUUAGGGAUUUGACAGAACGGUUUGGAUCUGGAUCUCCACGCAGAAGAAGAGAAUGUGAUCGUUUGCAGGUGA